UUCUGCCACCUGCUUUAUCAUUUAUCAUCACCAGUGUCUGUUACUUAGCAACAACGGACCGAUCCGCAUCGCCAAAUGUUACGUUUGAAAGUGGUCCAGAACGCGCUCGGUUAUUUCUGACCCAUGCUGAGGAGGAUGAAGGAGAGAGACGAGAGGAGGAUGAUUAAUACAGGGCUGUGAUGCUGAUGAUGGGGAGAUGAUUGCACUGUUUUCAAGGACAUAGAAAAAAUGGUUGUGAAAUGGAAUGAGGUAAAUUUGCAGUAUGGCCUUUUUGACAGUACACCUCGGCAGCCCAUGAGGUUUGAGGUUUUUACGAUGGUGAAGUAAAAGGGAUGGAGAGAAUGGAUAGUGUAUGCUGGAGAACAGGGAAAAGAUAGAGGAGGGAGAGCUAGUGCUGCUGUCCAAUCCGGUGCAGUUGCCUCAUUGUCUGCAUCCAAUGGCUUUCGAGGAGGCUGAUUCAGCGCAGGAAAGCUGCUCUGCUGCUGUUAUUAAUGAAUGGAGCGUCUCUCUGCUCACACAGCACCACCCCUCAUCUCUCUCCCUCCCACACUUGCUCUCGUCUCUCAUCUCUCUGCAGAGCUGAUAACAACCUCGGAGGCUUCGCUACCUUUGGUUACGAGCAAACAAUCCACGUCUCUGGGACAAAAUGAAGAAGCAACAGCAAGAAGAUGAGAGCACUCCAUCCUCUACGGCUCCAAGAUCGUCCUCUUCCUCAUCUUUCCUGGUUCCACCACCAACCCGGAGGUCCGUCUCUAUGGGGGACUUCCGGCGUGCCCAGACUGGUUCGGAGAUGCCGUCUGCCCCGUCCACAGCACCGUCCUCCAAACUGGUGACCCCGAGUUCGAGCAUGGAGUUUGAAGCAGCCCGACGGCGCCUGCUAGAGGUCGAGGAACGGCGGCGUGUCAUCCAGGAAAUGGAGCGUGGUCUGGAAGAGCUGCGUGAGGUGUUUGUUCGCUCAGAGCGUGAAGCAGCUGAGCACGGUGAGCUGGUGGCACGAGUGGCAGCUACUGCUCAGCAGAGCGAGCUUUACGUUUCCGAAAACUCUCAGAGGCUGAAGAAGGGGCUGCGCUUCAAACGCCACCGACCCACCAUCAUCUUUUCGUCCAUGUUGGGGCUCAGAACGUGUCUGCCCUGGCCUGUUAAACUCAAAUAGCAGUGGACCAACUCUCUUCUGAGGACGAGGAUGAGAGCACUCACGAGUCCAUGCUGCUUCAAUGUGAAACGCUGAAGCUUCGCUGCCAUGUGAGACACCAAACUUCUGCUCAGUGAUCUGUGUGUAUGUAUGUAUGUAUGUAUGUAUGUAUGUAUGUAUGUGAGCUGCUUUUCUCUCUUCCUGCUUGCACAGACUAUGUGUUUUCUUUUUUUAUACGUCCAGUUAAUGAACAGAGAGACUCAGAGGUGCUGUGUACAUACAAUACAAUGAACAACAAACAGAGAGCUCUCGAAACUCUUCACUCUCUCUUUUUCCUACGAGAAAUGGUGUAACGUUGACGUGCUUCCUCAAGUCACGUACUGCAUCGUUCGUAGCCGUUGUUACAUACGCUGCUCUCCUCUCCUGGGUGAAGAGCUUGGACAUGGGGGAAGGAGCUCUCGUCUCGUCACGUCCCGCGUGGCCUCCUGUGUUGCCUCUGCUGCCUAGGAACUCAGUUUGCUCCAGAAUGUAUGGUAACACCAACAGAACCUCAGCCUAACAUCUACUAAUGGCCAUUCAUGUUGCUGCUUUAGCGUAUGCUAGGUUUAGGGGCCACUGAUAAACACAAGGACCUGUGUACAGUUUAUAUAUCGUGUCUUUUCUCUUUACUUUUUAGUCAGUAAGGGUAUAAACGUUCAGGUACACACAACACAGGUGCAAAAAAGUCGAACCGUCUUCGGGGCAUUUUUUCGGGUGGUAACUUAUUUGUCGGCUGGUUAAACAGGGUCGAUAAUGAACUCCCUACGAGCACCAUAGUCACUCCGAGCAUUUCUAACUAACGAAUCCGAUGUCUUCUGGCGUUACGAUCCAACUCAAGCCGGUAGAGCCGCGUCGCACGAUCAGAACCGUACCAUCCUCUCUCCGUAUGUGUGUGUGCACGUGUCUGCUUGUGAUGGAGAAAGAAAAAAAACUGUUUAUGAGGCUCAGGAGAAAGUCACCAGGGAUUUCUAUUCUUAGCAAGUGCACGUUAGGACAGGAAGUAUCUGUGCUUCAGUGAGGGAACAUACAAAUUUCGAGGUUUAAUAAGCAGAAUAUACUUUAUGAGUCUGAUUUCUGUGGGUGACAUGUUUUGAGGUGAUCUACACUCCUCCGAGUCUUCAUUGUGUAGAAAUCUACUAUGUAAUGCUUAGUUUUUUAAAAGUAAAUUAUUUAAUACACAAUUAUCUUAGACUUUGAUUUGAAACUCAAGCAUUCUUUAUUGUGUCCUUUUUUUUAAUUCGUUUUCCAAAGCGUUUGCAUCAACUGGCACCAAAAACGGCAGAAAAAUCAAAGUAUAAGGUUUAAGUAUGUAAAUUGGGGAUGAAAAAUAAAAGCACUUCGAGCGUAAUGGAGAAAACCUGCUGCUCCCUGAGUGAACCUGACAGGAUUUUCCAGAACCUUCCGCCUCGUGCGUGUGCGUCUUGUGCAUGCGCAGUUCCGGACUCGCGUCUCUGCCGCACUGGCCCCACGUCACUCGAGUUAAACGAUGAGGCGCCGAGUUCGCCAUUUUUUUUUUUUGCAAUGAUAUACAAAUUAUUUUAUCCAAAUAUUCCAGUGGCAGGCCGUGAAUUUCACACCAGUCUAACCUAAUGGACCCAAUUCUCCUUUCACUGUAGCCACAGCUGCACCGUCCACAUACAUCAUCUCUAACAGAAACUUCAAUAUUGACCUCAUAAAAUGACCCGCAUUUUUGUUUUGUUUUUUCCCGUGCAUUUUUUUGUCAAUUUUUUUUUUAUGUGCAUUGCGGUUUUCCUGGGGAGUUGAAGGCAAAUUGUGUGUUUUUGUGCAAAUUCUACAGGGGAAAAUAAGCGAAAGUAGAAAUGGUUCAUGAAAAACCGUAACAAAUUGUUUUAGCCAACUUUUCCUCACGAUGUCUAGGGGUGGACAAAGAUAAAUCGAAAUGUAUUUUAAAAUAAAAUACGGAUGGUCCCCGGGUUACGAUGGUUCGACUUACGAUUUUUCGAUCUUGCGAUGACGAGAGCGAUACGACAAAAUUGUAAAAAUAUUUUAAAUUUCAUGCAACAGGCAGCAGCGUACGAUGUAUGAUACGCUGGGACGAGCCUAUCUCUCGCCCUGUGAGAUGCCCCACCCUCGCUAGCGGUCAAUGGAGUAAAGUUGUCUCAGUGUGUAUGUUUAGUGAUAAAACCGUGUCUUCCAAGCACCCAAGUAUGUCUCCUGCUUGUAGUGAAAAUUAUAAAUCAGCAUGAAGCAGGAACGACUAUCACAGUUAUAGUACCAUCUUCGACUUACGAUAUUUUUUACUUAUGAUGGUCCUGUAACGUAAGUAUCCAUCGUAAGUAGAGGACUACCUGUACUGAAUACCUUGUAUCGAAAUAAACUACAAAAUACAGCAGCCACACCAUGCAUCAAAAUAAACAACUGUAUUUCUGUAUUUUAAAAAUACUAAAAAAAUACUUUUACAAGGGAGCAUGAAAUUUCUUCACAAACCUUCCAUCAAUUGACUUUUUUGAUCUGUUCUUUACAAUUACACCAACUCAUUUGAUCUCCCAGAUGAAGGUUAGUUUUAAAGUAACCAACAAUUUAAUGUUAAACAGGUUGCGAAUGAAUCAUAAUUGUAGCCUAAUUUAGUUACUUAGUGUUUGAAGGGCAAAUUUACAUCAGUAACACCGAGUGUCAAACAAGUCGUUCAUAAGAAAACAACUGAUGGCACCUGCAUUCAUAGCAUGAAUAAUUUGAUUGUUAAUCAUAAAUAUAAUACUAUAUUAUGUGUCAGACAGUCAUUCAUGUAGUGGUAUGCAAAAAAAUGAUCCUACUAAACAGCUACUGUAAUUAGGGUACAAUAAUAUUUAUUUAUUGAUCAUUGGAUGCCUAUUUGAAAGCUGGCAGGCUGCAGGCUUCUUACCUUCUCCAACCUUCUUCCAUAUGGAUCAAUAUUCUGUUCUCAUCUCAACACAUCUAAACAAAAUACUAAAUAGGCACCAAUCAGAGUCCUCAUUUUUAUGAAGUCAUCAUGUAGAUUUUUAAAACUACAAAAAUAGAAAAGUAUUUUGAUACAAAAUAUGAAGCCAUUUUCAUCAACCCUAUCCAAUACAAAUUACAAAAUUCUAUUUUAUAUUGAAAUACCUGUAUCAUAAAUACUGCGCAUCCCUGACGAUGUCCGGUUGUUUUAAAAAAAAUUCGUCUUGUAAAUGUCCUUGUAUUUGUAUCUGCGCCCAAAUCAAUUUCUUCUCGUCUGCCAGUGGUUGUGAAAUAAAAAAACAGCUAUAUAAUCCAUAUGAAUAUAUACAGUACAGUGUGGGCUACCGCCCGCCUCAGUGGCCUCCUCAGUGGUAUUGAAGGCACGCUACUUUUCAAGUGGCUCACACUUUAUAUCCGUAGCCCACCCUGUAUUUGCACUUGUGCAGUUUGUGACAGAUGCGGGUUGCGAGCUCUGACUAGUGCGCUCUCUGACCGUCCGAUUAAAGGACAUGAAAAUGCCAACGUUACUGUAAGCCUGCUAGAUGGCCUCGUAGUUGUUAACUUGCAAUCUGAUUGAUUAAAGCAACAGCUCCAAGCAACAUGGAUUUGAAGCUCCUGAGAGAAACGCUAUAAAAUGAAGAGAUACACUAUUGGAAAUGUUUUGAAACAUAUCUUUCUGGCCCUGAUGGCCUCCCACUGAUAUAUGCUUAUUUUCAUUGAAAUGAUCCCAAACCCAUAUUCUGAGCACAUGGUGAAAAACAGGCCUUUAACAACAAUUUCAACUUGUUUGAACAAAAUUGUAUUCACAAAUUUGAUUGUGGUCUUUGAAAGCUAACUAUGUAGAGUAUUUCAAGGGCUUUUCUCCAUGUUAGCUUAAAUUGCUCACGUUUGUCAAACAUUUCUCGACAAAGGGCUACUUUUCAACCCCAAACGUUUUUUCUAACGUACUAACAUUUUCAGUACAUGAUGAACUACGUUUCUGGUUCAUUCAUGCUACGCCAUAAUUCUGACAGAACACACACAUCUAUUGUUCAUAGAGGUUUGACAUAUGUACUGUACACCUACAGCUCUCUAAUACACAAUAUAUAGCCAAGAGUGUGUGCACACCUCACUGUCACUCCUGUAUAUAUAACUAGUUUGGAGAGAAGGUCUAGGUAACAUAUUUUUCUGUAAAAAUGAGGCCUGAACCUGUUUCAGCAUGACAUUGUUCCUGUAAGGUUCAUGGUGAAACAGGGAUUCAGUUAAAGAACUCAAACAAUACCCUGACCUCAACCCUAGUAAACAACUUUAAAAUGAAUUGGAACACACUGACUGAAACCCGGACCUUCUCAAACCAUCAAGACCUUAAAUUAUUGCUGAUUGAGCACAAAUCCCAAUAACCACACUCUGAAAUCUAGUGGAAAGCCUUCCCAGAAGAGUGGAAUUAUUUCUAAUGAGAAAAAUCAGACUAAAUCUGGAAUGUGCAUGUGUAACAGUGAGGUGUCAACAUAUGGCUACAUAAUGUACUAUUUAUUAAAAGUAUUUUUGAAAAUAUUAUCUGAAAUAUAUCAGCUUUUGGAAAAACUUAUAUAGAAAUAAAAAAUAAAAAAAAGGUUCAGCUCACAGUCACAAGCUGCUCAAAUAAUGUAUGAGGUACAGAUUAUAGUAUGAUGGAGCCUACAGUGGUGUGGGAAAAUGCGAAAUAUUGGCUAUUUUAGAUAAAUAGCUUAUGGAUCUCACACUUGGACACUAGUCUAUGCAUUUUUACUCGACAUAUACUAAAGAAAAAACCCAAAGUAUAUCAUUUCCUACUGAUACACACACAAAAAUUUUAGUAAAAAAAAAAAUCUAAGGUCGCCAUGCUUUUCCCUUCAGGGGCACAUAUUUUGUAGCAUAUUUGGAAAUGUGAAUGUAGUGAAUCUUAAGGUCGAAUGUAUGGUACAUAUUUGGCCUUUUGAGCAAACAUUUCUACACUUUGUAUAUUAGCAAACACGAACGUACCAAUAAUAUCUAUUUUUAUGACCAUGUACGGAUGUUCAAAUCGCUAUUCCUGGUCCGUGUGUGUAACAGAUUUUUCUCAAAAAAAGAAACACUCCUGAGAACAGAACGCAUUCUUCAACUAACAUUUAUGGCAUUUGGCAGACGCUUUGAUCCAGAGCGAUUUACAGUUAUCUCAUUUAUAUACAAAUGAGCUGUUGAGGGUCCUGGCAGUAGAAGCAUGGCAGUGCUGGGAUUUGAACUCACAACCUUCUGAUCUUAAGCACUGAGGUACCACAGAGCUAUAAUGAACUUCUCCAUGAGCUCCUACUGUAAAUUGAGCACAAGGAGUCAAACGUUUUCUCACCACUGUACCUCUGUAUCCGCAUCGACACGUGUAAAAACGCCAGUUAUCAUCCGAUGCCUUACUCGGUCUGUAGAGUUUGCGUAUAAACGGUUAUAUGUGUAGACGAAACCUCGGCUUUGCCUCUCGAUUGUUUUUGCACUGCACCUCAAUGGAGUUCUGCUGUAAAGGAAAAACAAUUUUCCCCCAAAAGAGCUCAGUGAGUGCGCCCACUCUGCGGCACGAAUGUACCAUACGUCCUAACGUCCUCAACUUUUGCGUUAUUCUGUUGUUUUGGUGAUGCAGGAAGCCAGAUACCAAACCCCCCAAACCUCAGAUGAUCAAGCCAGCACUACUCUUUCUUAUCUUCUCUAUUAUCUUUAUGACCCCAGGCUUUCUGCAUGAAUGUACAUGAAUUGCGCAUUGUAAAAAAACUGCUCUGAUGUGCUUUUAUCUAAAGAAAAACGAUUGUAUUUAAAUUACUCUACAUCCUUUAAUGUCAUUGUAUUGUAUAUUUUAGGUUUUUUGUUCAUUCUCAACACACAACAACGGGUAGGACCUUGCUGAUGAUGUAUGAUCCUAAGAAAUAAUAAAC